ACGGCGCGAGAUCCCGCUGAGGAGAGACGAGCUCCUGUACUGAUUUUGUUUUGUUCGCACAGCUGAUUUGGAAUAAAUCCUGCUCCACUGGCAAAACAGCGGUGAAUCCCAUCUCAUCUGUUCACACAACACAACGCAGAGUUUGAUCACCGUGAGACAAGAGAGGGUCGGCUAGACCGGCUACAGUGGUGCCGUGACCCGGAUUCACUCCGCUCCAGGCUGGUUCAUCGUCAUGGCGGUUCCUGGAGCUGUGGAUCAACAUCAGCUUGGUCACCAGAGCUGAAGUGGACGGAGAGCAUCUACGACAUGGGAUUGUUGUCGAUUCUUGCUGUUGCUGCUGGUGCAGGUGCUUCGGUUACCGUGGCUCCAGUGGUUCUUGGAGCGAUCGGGUUCACCUCAGCUGGGAUAGCGGCAGGAUCCUAUGCUGCAGGCAUGAUGUCAAGCGCGGCCAUCGCUAAUGGAGGUGGGGUGGCAGCGGGGAGCCUGGUGGCUGUCUUACAGUCUGCUGGAAUGGCUGGUCUGUCAGGCACUGCCUCUGCAGCUGUGGCCGGUGCAGGUGCGACUGUUGGAGGACUCGUUGCAAUGAUCAUAUGAUACCAAAGUUUUUUUGUCAAACGGAUACAACUAUUAGUUAUUAAUACAGGAGAACCUUUGUUCAUACAAAGGUGUUCACACGAAAAUCACAAUAAA